UAUAACGUGCGCGUUAAAAAAAAUCAAAGCUCUUUCGUAUUUAAUUAUUAACUUAUUAUUUGUAUUUGAUCAAUUUACGCAACCAGCUUAUUAAUAUCAAGUGCCAGCUGCUGGGUGUACAACCGUCAUAGAAGAAAAAAGAAACAAGACGAAGAAGCAGCACCGCAAAGAAAAAUUUAAGUCUUCGUGUGGCAACAAAAAUAGAAAAAAAAAAAAACUUAAAAUUAUUGUGUGGCAUUAGAUAGCUGCAAAAUAAUCGUUUUUAAAUAGAGUGUUAGCAAAUUUCCAAGAUGGUGCGCUUGAAACAUUUUUAAUAAAUUAAUAAUAUAUAUAUGUAUAUAAACCAACAAAGUCGUUGCGAUUUCUCCGAGAAAUAUAUAGAUUUUUUGCCUGCAUCCAAACGGGGCCCGCACAAUAGCGACAAAAACCAACGAAGUACAAAAUUUAUUAAUUUUUUAAAAUAUUAAAUACCUAAUUGAUAGCUCUGCAUGCAAAAUGGCGCGUUUAAGUAAUUUGUUGUUUAAUUCGACAUCGAAUUUAAAGACUAAAAAGUUUUUGUUUUAACAAAAACCCAACAAAAACACAACUUGAACACAAUCUUAUAAGCAAUUUCCAAUAUAAUUAACGUAAUAUUUAUACGUGUCGUCCCGCGUAAAGUGUGAAAAAAGUGCAAUAUUGUAAUACAUAUAGGAGCAAUUUUAAAAACAAUAAGUAACUUUAAACAUUCCGUUGAACUAAACGGGUGCGUCUUCUUCUCAUUCGCCGCAUCGUUGUUCGCUUUGUGCAUUUUGCAUUUCUCCGGAACUUUCGAAACGGUUAACUGCCUAAUGGCAAGUUCGCUUAACAAGACGAGACACAGGCGCAGAUUGGCUGCGAUCUCGUUUCUAUCGAAUAUCUCAUUAGAUGGCACACAUCGGGACACAAAAUUUGGCGCAACAUUUGGCAGUAGCAUCUGCAACCAGAACUACCAAACCAACAACAACGCAACGGCAGCGUUGGGAUUCGGCGCCGGUGGCUAUCAUCAGCAUUAUCAACGUAAUCAUCAGCAGCGCAGCCAACAGGCGCAGCACCAACAACAACAACAGCAACAGCAGCAGCAACAACAAAACCAUCAACAAGCAAAUGGCAAAUGUGGCGGUGGAGGCGGAGGCGGGGGCGUUGGCAGCGCUGCGCUGUUGCUCUGCAGCGGCGACAUCCAUAUGGGCAGCACUACCGAUGGCGGGCUCGAUGACUGUGGCGCCUCGGCUGCCGGUGCCAGUGAUGGUGAUGGGCAUUUUAGUGAAAUUGAAAAUAUGGGUCACUACCUGAUGAAUGUCCAGCCCCACAACGCAAGCGUUGUGCAGGUUGAGAGACGCAACAUAAAGCGACCCACCUCGUGUGGUCGCCAGCAUCAGCAGCUCCAACAGCCGGCUGUGCCGGGCAGUGGCAAUAUGAGAAAGCAGCAGCAACAACAGCAGCAGCAACACGCGGCUGGCAGCGGCGGCUCUGGCGCCGAGAGUGGCAGCGAUUCGGACAGCGUCAAGAUACCGCUCAAGGUGUCCAAUUUGGGCAGCGGCGGUGGCGUUGGCGGUGGCAGCAAAUUGUUGCCACUUAGAGAACGAACCUUCAGCAAUGGAGCGAGUGAAGCGGUUACUCAGAGUUUGCAACCGGAGCGACGUGCGCGUUUAAAUACCGCACCGGGCAUGCGUCAUAUGGCGGCGGCGGUAACCACCACAGCUCCGCUGGGUGGGGGCACCAGCCUGAAGCGCACUUACCAGAUUCUGAGCGGUUCGAGUGCGAGUCACAUUACCGAUGACAGCAGUACAGAGAGUUUAGCGCCCGUUAGCACCUUUGGGGGCAGUUUUCGCAACAGCCUCAACAAAUCGGUGCAGAUAAGUGAUUCACGCUAUGUGGGUCAACGGCCAUCGACAGCGGGAUUGCAAGGACAACGCGAGGGACGCGUGGUGCUGGUGUCGCGUAAAGUGCCGUUCUUUAUCUUCUCCGCAUUGCCUUAUUGCAAAGGCAAGAAUGGACGUGGCGAAUUUCGUAAGGAGGAUCGUCGACGACGUAAUACCUCCACUUCACGUCCACUGUCCUCCAUAAAUGAUGCACCCUUUGAUCCCUUUGAUUUGCUGGGCAUACAAAAGGCAGAGAGCGGUCAGGAUAUAUCCUAUGGACAUCUGUUGAUACCAUCACGACCGUAUGAGAAGGACCGGAAGAAGCAUGGCAAUGCAUCGGCAAAUCCUUCCGUUUUUGAUAAUCAAAUAGAAAUAACAAGCACAGCAGCGCUUAAAAAUCAUGGCAUAGCCAGCACAAAAACCAUAACCAAACGUCAAGGCAAAUGGUGCUUCACCUAUGAGAAUAACAAUCGUAACAGCGCGGCCAGUCCAACGCCCGACAUGAAGCUGGAUAUGGACAUAGAGAGCAUAAUACUGGGCGGUGAUACGGCGCGUGGAUUGCCGUAUCAACAUUAUUCGGCAAGUAUUUUGGACGAUCCGGAGCUUAUUGCUGGCAAGCAUCGUACACUUUUAACAUUCACCUCGUACAUGACAUCCGUCAUAGAUUACGUGCGCCCAUCUGAUUUGAAGAAGGAGCUCAACGAUAAGUUUCGCGAGAAAUUUCCACACAUACAGCUAACGCUGAGCAAGCUCAGAAGCAUUAAGCGGGAAAUGCGCCGCAUUAACAAACUAGACUCGCGCAUUGAUUUGGUUACCAUAUCGCAGGCCUAUGUCUACUUCGAGAAGCUAAUUCUGGCCAAUCUGAUAAAUAAGAAUAAUCGCAAGUUGUGCGCCGGCGCCUGUCUGCUGCUCAGUGCCAAGAUGAACGACGUGAAGGGUGAUGCGCUCAAGAGCCUCAUCGAGAAGACGGAGAGCGUGUUCCGACUGAAUCGGAAGGAGCUCAUCUCAUCGGAAUUCGCCGUGUUGGUUGCCCUCGAGUUCAGCCUCCAUGUGCCCAUGCAUGAGGUGUUGCCACACUAUCAGCGUUUGCUCUACGAAUCCUAGAAUUGGCCCAAGCGCUGUGCCGAAAAGCGUUUGACGGCAGCAGCGCAGGCGGUGGCCUUGGCAGCGGCGCAGGCGGCAACAACAACACGCCAUCAUUUGCGUCGCAAGGGCAGCAGAAAGUAGGAGAGGAAAUUCCCUUUUCCAUUGCAUACUUUUGGGAUGAUAGUAGAUUGUACUACCUUGGCUUGUUCCUGGUGCUCAAAAGUAUGCAACAAUAUUUUGUUUAUUUUGCACGUGUCACCGUUACGGCUUUGACGGACCAUGAGUAUGAUAAUAAUAUUAAUAAUAAUACCUAUAUAUGAAUUACAUAUUAGAUAUAUUUAGUAAGUAAACUAAGUUUUGCUAUCUGCUUAGUAGUUUCUACGAAAUUUGACAAUUUUUAACGCUCCCAAUCCUGGUAGUAGGUUCCCCUAUAUAGCCACAUAAGUGUUUAUGUUUCAUCAUGUUCUAUACUUACCAUUUUUUUUGUCGGUUUUUUGUUAUAAACAUUUAUAAAAUGAAUAAAAAUGUAAACAAAUCAUACAUACUCGUAUACUGAAA